CUUGGUUCACCGCCACUUCAUUGGUGCCAUUGACUGAACCACCGAUGAAGUCAAAGUUCUCCCAUGUUUUGCUUAAAACAGGGAUAGGAUUUCAUAACUUCAACGAUAAAAGAUAAUCAAAUAAAUUUUGAUUCUUCCCUCGCAACUUUGGGUUAUUCCAGAGCAGCAUCCCUUGCACUGACUUUCCAGUGUUCUCCGGAAAAUUUCUUGCAGCUUUUUAGUGAUGAGGGAGGAGCUCGUUGCAGUUCUUACUUCUUAGUGCCCUUGAUGUAUAGAAUUCCGUGACUAGCAUACUGAAGCUUAGCAGACAACUGAAGCUAGAUAUCAAAGCCGAAAGAAAUAUGGAUCCGAAUCAUUCUGAUUAUAUAUAUCAUCUCGCUGUGGAUGUUGGGGGUUCUCUUACCAAGCUAGUUUGCUUCACAAAGAACGAGGAUCAUCCUGAUGAUGAAUCCAAAGCUAGUGGAAGCUGUCCUGUUCUCAAAGGGAGGAUUAAUUUUAAGAAGUUUGAAACAAGCAAGAUAAAUGAUUGUUUAGAGUUCAUUAAAUCCAUGAAGCUUCAUCUAGGAGGGAGCCAACAGCAGCAGGAUGGUCCUGGAAGGCUGACAGCUAUUAAGGCAACAGGUGGUGGUGCACACAAAUAUGCAGAUCUUUUCAAGGAGAGACUUGGGAUCAGUCUUGAAAAGGAAGAUGAAAUGGAUUGUCUUGUAGUAGGGGCAAAUUUUCUGCUUAAGGUGGUACGCCAGGAAGCUUUCACCUACAUGGAUGGUCAAAAGCAAUUUGUGAAGAUUGAGCACAGUGAUCUGUAUCCCUAUCUUCUAGUUAACAUUGGUUCAGGUGUUGGAAUGUAUAAGGUGGAUGGAGAUGGCAAGUUUGAGCGAGUGAGUGGAACAAGUAUUGGUGGAGGUACUUUCUGGGGUUUGGGAAAGCUUUUAACUAAGUGCAAGAGUUUUGAUGAUUUGCUGGAAUUAAGUUACCGGGGGAACAACAGAGUGAUAGAUAUGCUUGUUGGAGAUAUUUAUGGAGGAAUGGACUAUUCAAAGAUAGGUCUUUCGUCAACUACAAUAGCUUCUAGUUUUGGGAAGGUAAUUUCUGAUAAUAAGGACCUUGAAGAUUACAAACCUGAAGAUAUUGCUCGAUCUCUUCUAAGAAUGAUCUCAAAUAAUAUUGGACAGAUCUCUUACUUAAAUGCUCUUCGAUUUGGGCUUAAGAGGAUAUUUUUCGCUGGAUUUUUUAUUCGGAACCAUCCAAGCACAAUGGACACACUAUCUGUUGCUGUUAAUUUCUGGUCCAAAGGCGAGGCAAAAGCAAUGUUCUUGCAGCAUGAAGGUUUUCUUGGAGCUAUGGGUGCUUUCAUGAGUUCUGAUAAGCACGGCGUCCAGGAAUUGUUGGUGAAGCAAGCAGAGCAACCAAAUCCUGUGAGUAAAACACAAGUUCCGCUAGAUGGAGAGUUCAAUGCAGAUCAAAGUAUAGAGUGCAUUUUCUACGAAGCUUAGAUGAGGCAAUUCUAGGCUGUCUCUGCAUGACCUGCAUUUCUGACUUAAUGCAGUUUGUACUUUGUAUUCUGUAGAAUGUUUGUCAGGUGUAACACCAUAAUGUGACAAAUAAUCGACACUUGAAAUUAAAGCAACAUAGAAAAUAAGAAUGAUGGACAUGCCUAAUGCCUUGCAGAAAAGCUAAAGAUGUUUAAGAUUGCAUGACUA